AUGGCGGGUGCCUCGAGUAACGGUCCUAUUGCCGCUCAAGGCACCCCAAAAUCCUCAACCAAUGGCUCUUCCCGAAAAUCUCCCUCGCAAGGACAAUCGAGUAGUACUCCGACGACUCGAAUGAAGGCUGGAGGAGGAGGAGGAGGGGGAGGAGGAGGAGGAGGCGGUAGCGGUAGCGGCGGCGGAAUGGCGUCUACCAUGAUCCCCCCGAGUCAAGGGGUUCCGCUCAGUACUAGGAGAGCAGCGGGACUCGACAUGAGCUCUGUCGAACAUCGCCAAAUUCCCUCUACCAAGGAACAACCCAAGAAAAAUCGACCUCACGGAAUAACCGAGGCUCCUACAUAUCGACCGACUGAGGAGGAAUUUAAGGACCCGUUUAAGUACGUUCAGAGCAUCUCUGAGGAGGGCCGGAAAUAUGGCAUCGUCAAAAUCAUCCCUCCGGACACGUGGAAUCCACCGUUUUGUAUCGAUACAGAGCGAUUUCAUUUCAAGACUCGACGACAGGAACUCAACAGUGUUGAAGGAGGGACUCGAGCCAAUCUUAACUAUCUCGAUCAACUCAAUAAGUUUCACUCACAACACGGAAUGACCCUCAAUCGCUAUCCCAGUGUGGAUAAGCGACCUUUAGAUCUCUAUAGGUUAAAAAAGGCUGUCGACAUUCGGGGAGGAUUCGACAAAGUUUGUAAAGGCAAAAAAUGGGCCGAAAUUGGGCGCGACCUAGGGUAUAGCGGGAAGAUAAUGUCUUCGCUCUCGACAUCACUCAAGAACUCAUACCAAAAAUAUCUUCAUCCGUAUGAGGAGUAUGUUAAGACUGCUAAGCCCGGCGUGCAGCAACAAUUGGAAGCUGAGUAUGGUGGGCCACUGACCCCUUCUCCUGCCGGUAGUCCCGCAGGAAAAAUGGCGAAGAACUUUAUGAAGUCACCAGGCGGCAUCCAAGAGUCACCAUUGGCACGUACUGCCUUUGCCCUCAAUUCUUCCGGGAUGCGGGAGAAGCCGGUCGACUCGGAUAAUGACUCUCCGAUGCCCGAUGCGGGACCGGUUGAUGCUAGCGAAACUAGCACCCCAGGCCCCGCUGGUGGCUUCACUCCCGUGAACAUGGGUGGCUUUACUGCGGUCAACGGAAAUGCCUUUACCGCUGUCAAUUCGAUAAAGAAAGAAAAUGAACCGACACCAGCGCCAAAUGAGACCCCGCGACCCUCUAGCAGAGGAUCGAAACGUCACCAUAGCGAGAAUAGCGAUAGUCCUUCCAAAGACCCUGGUGCCGAUGGAGAGAAAGAGUCUGGAGAACGCCGCAGCAAGAGAUUAAAGAAGGCGCCUACAGUCGCUGGUUCGAAUAUGAUUUUUCACAGGCCGGCAACCCCAAGACCUGAUCGCCCGAAUAAGACAAAGCCUGGUGAAAAAUGUGAGAAGUGUGGACGAGGUGAUGAUGCAACUUCGCUUCUGCUCUGCGAUGGCUGUGACCAUGGGUAUCAUACCUACUGCUUGGACCCCCCGGUCAAGACGAUACCAGAGAGGGACUGGUAUUGCAAUCGUUGCCUUGUCGGGACUGGAGAGUUUGGAUUUGAAGAUGGCCCUGUCUACUCUCUGAAACAAUUCCAAGAGAAGGCAAAUAAUUUCAAAGAAAACUACUUUGGCUCCAAGAUGACCUACGAUCCGAUUCUGGGUACAAAACGCCAAGUCACCGAAGAUGAUGUCGAGCAAGAAUUCUGGCGUCUUGUCGAAAGCUUACACGAGACUGUCGAAGUCGAGUACGGAGCAGAUAUACACUCUACAACUCAUGGUAGUGGUUUCCCGGCCAUCGAAAAGGAUCCGCUGAAUAAAUAUUCCCACGACCCUUGGAAUCUCAAUAUACUUCCUCUCCAUAACGAAUCUUUAUUCCGACACAUUAAAUCGGAUGUUUCCGGGAUGACAGUACCAUGGCUAUACGUUGGCAUGUGCUUCUCAACAUUCUGUUGGCAUAACGAGGAUCAUUACACAUACUCUGCGAAUUAUCAACACUUUGGGGCUACAAAAACCUGGUAUGGAAUUCCAUGCUCAGAUGCUCUCAAAUUCGAAAACGCGAUGAAAGAGGCGGUUCCUGAGCUGUUUGAACAACAACCCGAUCUUUUAUUCCAGCUCGUGACUUUGCUUACUCCAACGGCAUUAACCAAGGCGGGUGUCAAAGUCUACGCUAUCGACCAACGCGCUGGGCAAUUCGUCAUCACAUUUCCUCAAGCUUACCAUGCCGGAUUUAACCAUGGGUUUAACUUCAACGAGGCUGUAAAUUUUGCGCCACCUGACUGGGAACCCUAUGGUCGAGCUGGUGUCGAGCGUUAUCAUGAAUUCAGAAAGCAACCGGUUUUUUCUCAUGAAGAACUUUUACUAACAGCUGCUGCCAGAGAUAGUUCAAUUAAGACAGCUCUUUGGUUGGCACCUGCCUUGGAAAAGAUCCGAGACGCCGAACUCGAGCGCCGCAGUACUUUGCGUGAACUUGUUCCCGGCAUUACCGAGCAAUUAGUUGAAGGCGACCUUGCGGAAGAGCAGUAUCAAUGUAUAGUCUGCAAGUCAUACUGUUAUCUAUCCCAGGUCAUCUGCGAUUGCACGACAAAUGUCGCAUGCGUCGAACAUCACCAAGAUAUUUGUGACUGCUCAUCGGAUAAACAUAUCCUUCGCCUGAAACACAACGACGAAGCACUAAAGGAGCUGGUGGACAAGGUCAGAGACAAAGCCAACAUGCCGAAGGCAUGGACGGCGAAGUUGCAAAAGUUCAUGUUAGAAUCCCCAAGACCUGCUUUGAAAACUUUGCGAUCUCUUCUAGCUGAAGGGGAGAAGAUUCCAGCGACCAUUCCUGAGCUACCUGCCCUUAAGUCUUUCGUUGAAAGAGCAAAUGAGUGGGUUGAGGAAGCUACCAAUUACAUUUCACGAAAGCAGCAGAAUCGUAGAAAGAAUGAGAAAGUCUGGAGAAAAGGCAAUGCUAAGGCUGCAGAGCUAGAAGAGCGCGAUAAAGAGCUCAGAAAGGUUGAUAACAUUGUGCGACUACUACAGGAGGCCGACCAGCUAUCCUUCGAGGCUCCUGAGAUCGAACAGCUUCGCGAACGAGCUGAAGCAAUCAGCGACUUCCAAGCAAAAGCACGGUAUGCACUUGCGGACGCGCAGCCGAACAGUGGCAUGACCGUCGAACAGUAUGAAGAGCUAGCGGAGGCUGGGAGGUCUUUUAAUGUGGAUUUAGUGGAAACCGAACAACUUGACAAACUCAUCCAGCAGUGUCGUUGGAUCAAAGAAAUUAGAGAUAUGAAGUAUACGGGAAAGGUGGUGACACUCAAGGAGUGCCAAGCUUUGAUUGAUCAAGGGUAUGAGCUUGGAAUGAAGAACGGAGAUGGAGAGCUUCUUGGCUGGCUAGAAGCUGAGCGUAAUGCCGGUCAAUUAUGGUCCAGCAAAGCAAGAGAUGUCAUGUCUCAGGAACCAAUCCAUUACGCCCAGCUUGACUCUCUAUCUAGAAUGGCUCAGCUACAUCCUUACGAGCAGGAGAUUCUCGAUCAAGUUGACCAGAUUCUGAAUAAGCAACGCGAGGCUCAGCGUCAAGUUCAGAACUUGGUUGAGAAGGCAAAAUCAGUACGGUUCCACCAACGCCCCCAUUACAAAGAUGCGCGGGACGUUAUGGACUCACUCACCGCUGGUCAAGUCAAACCUGCCGGAACAAUCGACCUUGAAAAGGAACUGAAACGACACGAGGACUGGAUGAGACGUGGAAAGAAGCUGUUCGGCAAAGCAAAUGCCCCUCUUCAUAUUCUGCUCAGCCACAUGCUAUAUGUUGAAGGGCGGAAUAACGCCUGCUUCGCACUCGAGGACCGUCCUCGUACCCCCGUUGAACCCUCGUCUCGGGAGCAAAGUCCUGAUCCAAACUCUACGGCUCCAUCUUUUGGCGUGGAAUCUUCAAAGGCGGGACGUUUACGCGAAAUAUUCUGCAUCUGUCGUCAGCCUGAGGCCGGUAUGAUGAUUGAGUGUGAGAUUUGUCAUGAAUGGUACCACGGGAAGUGCUUGAAGAUCGCGCGGGGGAAAGUUAAAGAGGAGGACAAGUAUACGUGUCCAAUCUGCGACCAUCGGGUUAAGAUCCCGAGGGACGCUGCUCGGCCAAAGCUUGAAGACCUCCAGGCGUGGGAGUCGGAAAUAAUGGAGUUACCUUUUCAACCGGAGGAACAGGCCUGUCUUACGCGGAUAAUUUCCGUUUCUCAAAAAUUCAGAGACCACCUUCAUCCAUUUUGCCAAAAUGCUUUUGGAUUAACAAGUGCGGAGGUUCCGACAAUGAGGUUUUAUCUACGCAAGAUCGAAGGCGCAGAGGUUCUGUUAGCACAAGAGCAUAAUUUCCUACGUGCUGAACUGCAUCGGUGGAUGCCGAUUGCACCUGAUCCGCCACCAAUCUUGUCAGCUUCACUUUCUACUCGCAAGCCGAGGCCUACAAAACAGCAGAAGCUUAUGAUGUCUCUCGGAAUAGAAAACCCAGAAGAGCUUCCUGUUCAAUUACGUACUAAAGCUCACCAGUUCAAGAAAGCUAAAGAUAUUACCCAGAAGACCCCGACGAAUAUCAAACCCGCGCCUCGCCUUGGAUCACCGGGAUCCUCCACCUCUCCAUCCACCAUCCAUCACCCUCAAUUCGAUUAUAGCAGCAGCGGGUACGAAAUAGAACAAGAAUCACCUCCGUUCCGCCCCGGGCUUCACGACAGUAUAGAGCCAGGGCAUGGCAUUCGAGGUCGCGCCCUGGAUACCCUUCUUUUCAACUCUCCUCCUCCAGUCUCUUUUAUCUCCGGGCGACUUCAUCCAGAUGUCGAACAUGUCCCAUCCACUGCAAAUCAAAUACAGGAAAUGAGCACGAUGUUCGAGUUUGACGCCGCAUCAGCAAAUCAAGAACCCAGUGAUGUAUUAAUGAAGGAUAUCUCCGGUGCUAUGGCACAAUCUGAAGAGGCAGAACGUGUCGCCUUGGCACAACAGGCGGCAAAUGAGGCGCUUACUUUACAGCAAUUCUCGACACUCCAUGACGAUGACCGAGACAACGAACCCGGCCCCGGGCCUGCUCCGAGUAGUGUUGCUGGAGAGGCGAAACAAUAG